AGCCCAGGGUGGGGCGGGCUGGAUGCGGGCCGGAGUUGGAAGGGGUGGCCCUGGGAUCCGGCCGCAUUACCGACUCACCGCUUUGUCCCAAUCCCUGGGUUCAUCUCCCCUCAAAUCCCCACUUCGGUUGCUCUUUUUCCUAACUUUGUCAAACUAAGUCAGAAGCCCUCUCUGAGAGCUCCAACCUCCUGACAAACCCUAGGACUCUGUGGAACCUGCAGGAGGCGUCCCCUCCCUGCCCCCUUCCAGCUGUGCCUGCCCCUCAUUGCCCUCUCCACACACAUAUUCUCUGUCCACCAGGCCAGGGAUGUGGGCGGGGGCUGGGGAGGGGCCAUAGUGGGAAUGAAAGGGCCUUUUUCUUCCACAGCUGGGAGAACAGCUGCCUCCAAAGCAAGACUGGACACUCUGUGCCCACAGCCCCCUCUGCAGCUGGCUUCCACUCCCAGGACCCCGCUAAUCCUUACCUCACUUUCCUUUCCUCCCCUGCCUGGCUCCCACCGGGGCUUUGGAACAGGAGUAGGUGAGGAAAAUUUGUCACAGCAGCCCAAAGGGACUAACAGUGCAGAAGGACAGGGGCAGCUUCUGCCCUCUGUCCAAGAGCUGGCCACCUUUCUCAAGACCAGGGAGCAGUGGGAGGACUGUGGGACAGCGUGGUAUCUACCUGCCACCCCUCUGAAGGGGCUGACAAGGGAAGGGCUCAGGGGGGCACAGAGAUGCAGGACAGAUUGCACAUCCUGGAGGACCUGAAUAUGCUCUACAUUCGGCAGAUGGCACUCAGCCUGGAGGAUACAGAGUUGCAGAGGAAGCUAGACCAUGAGAUCCGGAUGAGGGAAGGGGCCUGCAAACUACUGGCAGCCUGCUCCCAGCGAGAGCAGGCUCUGGAGGCCACCAAGAGCCUGCUGGUGUGUAACAGUCGCAUCCUCAGCUACAUGGGGGAACUGCAGCGGCGCAAGGAGGCCCAGGUGCUGGGGAAGACAGGCCGGCGGCCUUCGGACACUGGGCUGCCCACUGAGCGCUCCCCGUGCCGCGGCAGGGUCUGCAUCUCUGACCUCCGGAUCCCACUCAUGUGGAAGGACACAGAAUAUUUCAAGAACAAAGGUGAUUUGCACCGCUGGGCUGUGUUCCUACUGUUGCAGCUAGGGGAACAGAUUCAGGACACAGAGAUGAUCCUGGUGGACAGGACCCUCACAGACAUCUCCUUUCAGAACAAUGUACUCUUCACUGAGGUGGGGCCAGACUUUGAACUUCGGCUGGAGCUGUAUGGGGCCUGUAUGGAAGAAGAAGGGGCCCUGGCUGGCGCCCCCAAGAGGCUUGCUACCAAACUUAGCAGCUCUCUGGGUCGUUCCUCAGGGAAGCGUGUCCGGGCAUCGCUGGACAGUGCUGGGAGCUCAGGAAGCAGUCCCAUCUUGCUCCCCACACCAGCUGUGGGGGGUCCUCGUUACCACCUCUUGGCUCACACCACGCUCACCUUGGCAGCAGUGCAAGAUGGGUUCCGCACACACGAUCUCACCCUUGCCAGUCAUGAGGAGAACCCUGCCUGGCUGCCCCUUUAUGGUAGCGUGUGUUGCCGCCUGGCAGCUCAGCCUUUCUGCAUGACUCAGCCCACUGCAAGUGGUUCCCUCAGGGUGCAGCAGGCUGGGGAGCUACAGAACGGGGCACAAGUGCAUGGAGUCCUGAAAGGCACAAACCUCUUCUGUUACCGGCGACCUGAAGACACAGACACUGGGGAAGAGCCACUGUUUACUAUUGUGAUCAACAAGGAUACUCGAGUCCGGGCAGGAGAGCUGGACCAGGCCCCAGGACAGCCCUUCACCCUCAGCAUCAGCAACCAGUAUGGGGAUGAUGAGGUGACGCACACCCUUCAGACAGAGAGCCGGGAAGCCUUGCAGAGCUGGAUGGAGGCUCUGUGGCAGCUAUUCUUUGACAUGAGCCAGUGGAAGCAGUGCUGUGACGAAAUCAUGAAAAUUGAAACUCCUGCUCCCCGCAAACCACCCCAAGCACUGGCCAAGCAGGGGUCCUUAUACCAUGAAAUGGCUAUUGAGCCGUUAGAUGACAUCGCAGCAGUGACAGACAUCCUGGCCCAGCGGGAGGGCGCAAGGCUGGAGACACCCCCAUCCUGGCUAGCAAUGUUUACAGAUCAGCCUGCCCUGCAUAGCCCCUGCUCGCCUGCAUCAGUGUCCCCAGCCUGGACACACCCUCUUCCCUGGGGGCGACCCCGAACCUUUUCCCUGGAUGCCGUCCCCCCAGACCACUCCCCUGGGGCUUCUCGCUUGGUUGCCCCCCUCCCACCACAGCGAUCCCCACGAUCCAGAGGCCUCUGCAGCAAAGGUCCACUCCGUACUUGGCUGCAGUCACCAGUGUGAAAGAAAGGUGCUAGCAACAGGACCUGGCCAAAAUAAAGACCUACAUGCACUUGGGCUCUGAGGACAGCACUGUCUGUAGCAAGUUGGCCAGCGUGGCCUUCUCUUCCUCUACUGGACUGGGGGUAGGCAGAGGAGGGGGAAUAGAAGCCCCUCUUAGGUGUGGCUGUAAUGGUACUGAGGGGUUCAUUCCCAGCUCUGGCUGGAACCCCCUAAACCCUUCCUGGGAGAAAACUGGAACAACCCUGCCCUACCUCCCUGCACUAACCAGCUUUGAAGAUGGCACUGAAGAGUCCUGGGAGGGAAUGCACUUCCACUGUCACUCCUACGUCAACCAUUAAAGUUAUUUAACAGCA